UUCCUCAUUUCUCUCUCUCUCUCUCUAAUUAUGUACAGACGAGUGUUAAAUGACAGUUUAUCAUCCGAUCACAGGCUGGACGCAUUCAUCCACACGCAGCUGUGGUUGGUGUCGCUUCCAGUCCAAGGAAAAACAGCUGUGCGCCGUGACGCGCGCCUGGACAGCGAGGGAGGAGGGUGAGGGAGGUACACAGAGAAGGGGUGCGAGCGACCCCUCAAAAUCAACGUAGCUGUAUCCCAGAAUGCAAGAAGUGCAGGUGCUCUUCAACUGACCCACCUCUGAAGCUGACAUAGUCUACGCGCAAACUUCCAGCCGUCGCUCCUCCAGCAUGCCUGUCGGAGGCAAAGACCGCGGAUGUGCCACGUGAGGCGGACCGGAGAAACUGCAAACCCCGCUCAAAGUUUGUCCGCAGAGACCCCAGUGAGACCUGCCAAACCAAACACUCAACUUUCCCCGUGUUUUUCAGCUUCUCUGACACUUUUCGCUCACUGCCUGUUACUUGGGAUUGCUCGGAUUUGGCGACGCGUCUGUGUAUGCUGAGCACAGGAGACGCGUAGUUUUUUUGUUUGUUUGUUGGAGUGAUCCGCUUUUAGGAAGGUGACAUGCAGGUUGUCGGCUGGACACUACUUCUCCUCUUCCAAUGGCUCUUACAAAAGGUCCAAGGUCUGGAGAAGCAAGUUGACUUCUCAAAUUUGGGCCAAGUGGGCUCAGCCAUGAAGACUCUUCCAUAUGGCGUGGGUAGUGGCACAGUAGGAGGAGUUGCUAAGCCUCCGUACCAAACUCGCAUCUUCUCCACAUCGAUCGACCAGACGCCAAUGAAGUCCAAACCACCUACCUACAGUUUCUACAACCCCUACGACUCAGGCCGGAAUCACUCCCUGUUUCUGGAUCAGACAGGAUAUCGCUCCAAGCGCAAGCCUUUGCUAAAGACAAACAUGAAGACGAAGAAGAUCUUUGGCUGGGGAGACUUCUACUUCACUGUAAAGACCGCAAAGUUUAGCUUGCUGGUGACAGGGAAAAUCGUGGACCACAUCAACGGGACUUUCACUGUGCACUUCCGCCACAACUCAACCAGUCUGGGGAAUGUGUCAGUCAGCAUUGUACCACCGACCAAAGUCGUGGAGUUCGAGGUUCUGCAACAGCCACAACCGAAUCCCCACACCCAGCAGGACAUUCAGAUCCAUGACACAAAGCAGUCUACCAUUGACCCCAAAGAGGGAAAGACCCUAAAUUGCAGGGUGGAGUAUGAAAAAACUGAUAAGUCCAAGAAGUCCAGACCUUGCCUGUAUGAUCCAUCUCAGACCUGCUUCACAGAGCACACCCAGUCCCAAGCUGCCUGGCUCUGUGCCAAACCUUUCAAGGUGAUCUGCAUCUUUAUUUCUUUCUUAAGCAUUGAUUACAAGCUGGUGCAAAAAGUUUGUCCGGACUACAACUUCCAAAAUGAGCGCCCUUACUUUGGAUAAAUACAUGAGACUCAAGAAAACCAAGAAACAAAAGAGACUAUGUUAAUGACAAUUAUAAAGAGUAUAAUGAUGGAAAAUGGUACUAAUAUUGGUUAUUAUGAAAAAGCAGGGGACAGUUUUUUCUGCCUCUGAACUGCUGUGAAUCGUGGAUUUAUUCAUGUAUAACCAGAACCACGGAUCAUUACGAUAUGGCCGAUUUCCCCGUUUUUUCCAACUUUGUGUUUGUUAAGUGCUGUUUUUAUGUUUUGUUUAUUGUAAAUAAUGUAAUCAACCUCAGCAGACUUAUUGUUUUUAGAUAUAUGUUUCUCUGUGUUAUUACUUUCUUCAGUUGGACAAUUCAGUUAAAAACCAGCAAAGUUGGUACUAUUCCCUUUCAAGUGCAGAAUGAGUCUCUGAGGCAGCUGUUCUUUGCCAUUGCUGUGUGGCAGACAGACUGACUGUUAAUCAUCUUCUCAGCGCUACAUUUCAAGCCAUGGAUACAAGAGGGUUAUUUGUUUAAGAAAUGUUAUGGAUAUGCGUACAAGAUCCUGUAUGAACAAGCACAUUAAAAUCUCUUUAACCGUC